CUUAUUUUUACCUAAUUCCUGUUUCCCUAUCGAAGCAGAAAACGUAUUUUCUUCUAUCAUGAUUAUUGAAGUCCCAUGCAGAUUAAGCUAUUUAAGUAAUUUUCGAAUAUGGUAACAGUAACACAAUUUCAGCACAAAAAUCACAGCCAAUGCGUAAGGGCGUUCCCGUUGACGAAAUCGAAACAACAACGACGAACUAGUUAUAUGUCGCCGCAUUUCAACAAAUAAACAAGAUGGCGGCGCCCUGGGAUAAAAAGUAUGGGUUAUUUGUCCCUAAUUCCUCAAAGAAGCCUGGCGUAGUAGCAGUUGCCAAUGUAUUUGGAGAAGAUGAGGAUGAAAAACCUGAAACCAAUACAAAGAAAGGAAUAACAUCUAAAUAUGGUGUUACAUCCAACAAUAAAAAAGUUAUCAAAAAGCAGACUCAGCUGGAUAUUGAUAAGGCCCUGCAAGAAGACCCAAGCGUGUUUGAGUAUGACAGCGUCUAUGAUGACAUGGUUGGCAAAAAGGCAGAAAAGGCGCAUGUCAAGAAAGUCCUCGAUAAUAAACCCAGAUACAUCGAACAGCUCUUAAAGGCAAGUGAGAAACGAAAGGCCGAUGAUGAACGUCGCCAGGAGCGUAAAAUCCAGAAAGAGAGAGAGGCAGAGGGGGAGGAGUUUGCUGACAAAGAGGUUUUUGUGACGACAGCGUACAAGAAAAAGAUGGAGGAACGGCAGGAAGAGGAGGAGCGAGAACGGAAGGAGAUGGAGCUAGAAGCAAAGCAAGAUGUAACAAAACAAAACGAUCUGACUGGUUUCUAUAGAUACAUUUUGGAUGAAACAACUAAGGACCCUGUAAAACAAGAUCAAAGCGUUGUGAAGAAGGAGCCACAUUCAGAUGACCAUGAUAAUGGCGGAGAAACGCCAGUAUCUAGGAAACAUAGUUCCUCAUCUGAAACUAGCUCGGACAGUGACAGGGAGAUUCCAAAGCAAAGCAAUGAUGCUAACUGUAAAUUAACGAGCGAUGCUCUGUCUUUCAAGCCGUCUUCUUCUACCAAUAGAAAGUAUCGUCAAAGGGACAGUAAUAAUGGAUCAGACACGGAAGAGGCCAAAAGAAAGCGAUCACGUUCAAGGUCGCCUCGCAGGCCGCGUUCAAGGUCACCUCAUAGGCCAUCUUUGAGGAAAAGCCAAUCACCAAAAAGUAGACACCGAAAAAGAGACAAGCAUGAUAAAGAGAAAGAUAUUUCUGGAUAUCUUGCUGAUAAGAAAAGGUCAAGAUCUAAAGACAGACAUCAGGGAAGGUCAGGGUCGAGAGAAAGAUCAUAUAGAAAGAGUUCAAGGUCAAAAGAUAGGGUUAUUGAUGGUGUUCCAAAAAGUAAUAAGAAACUUGUAAAGGAAGACAAUUUGAAUGAGAAAGACAGGGAAUCAAUCUCAAAAUCUAAUUCAGAGUUGGGCCAAUGCACGGUUAAAGGCAAUGACAGACCGCUUAAAAGGUCUCAGGAUGAGGCUAACCUUGAUACAGUUGCAAAAGAAAAGAGGGGUAUAAAAUCUGGAAAUAUUUAUUCAAAUGAUAAGGAGAAUGAGAAGGAACAGAAAAAUAAAUAUGCCCGUAUAAGUACGGCUGAGGAAAUCGAAGCAGCCAGAACACGAUAUCUGGUACGCAAACUUGCACGGGAAAAAGCAAUGAUGGCAGCCGAAUCAUGAACUUGUGUGUACGUUAUCAAAAUUUGGUGACUUGCUUCUUAUAUCUGUGUGCUGACUUGAAUAUACAAAUAAAGUAUUAACUGUGGAUACUGUUUGUUUUGGCGGUGUUAGUAUGUGUUUCUUUUAAUUCAGUGAUAUGAGACGCUAUUGUCAAGCUUUUAUUGUCGCAUUUUUUCUCAAGCAAAUAGUACAUGUAUACAUUUUCAUUCAAAUGACAUGUCUUUUACUUUGCAAAUGUUCCCAAACGCCCAAAGCAAUGUUGUUAGGGUUACUAUUAUUUUUCAGUUUAUGCUUUUCGAAACUUAGUUUUUGGUUUGGGUGGAAGUACGCAUCAUAAUUACUGCCAGAUUUUAUUUCAAAUGUAUCUGAAUAAGAGAUAUUAAUGUGACGUGCAGUUAAGCAAAAUAAAGAAUUUCAUAGUUCACAUCAUGUUUUAACAUAUAAGCAUAUAUAUCUGUGUGUGAAAGCUGCGUUGAAAAUAUGUUGAAAAUUUGUUCAAUGUUUACAGUUCCAGAAUAUACGCUAAUUAUGAUGUAAUACUAAGAGUGACAAACCAAUACCAAAGUCCGUAUACUCGCUGAGGUGUUAGUAAUCAGUUGUAUUUGAUAUCAGUCAAACGUCAUCGAUUUUUAUGUUUACUGACAAACCUAAACAAAUGACGUUUGUCUGCGCGAAUGUUAGUUGAUCACUUUGUUUCCCUUCAAUGUGCGGUUAUAUAUAAAUGUAUAUUCUUUACACAUUUAACGUUCGACAUAGAGAAGGGGAAAGCAUAUUUUGAAGAUUUGAAAUUUUAUUAAUAACGAUACCCAGAAAGUCAAAUUGACAACGUGUAGGCCAAGUGUUAACAAUCAUUUUUUUUUGGUCGUUUCUAUACGUUUUAUAAAUAUUAAAGAAUACUGGUAUUUAGGAACUUCUUUCUGAAUUGUAUCCGGUCGAUUUUGAUAGUGUUUUAAUGGAAAGAUCUCAAUACACAGCUUGCACUGAUACCAACGAAUAAUAAUACUAAUGUAUUAAACAUUUAUCAUCAUUACUGUUGCUUUUUCAAAAAUUGUUUUGAGUAGUAUAUUAGUGUCUGCGUUGAACUGGUCCGCUUUAAAUUGGAGCAAUAUUUACAUCAGAAGUAAAAUCAGAUUGAUACUGUACUGAUUAUCCUGUUACAAAUCAAUAAUAUGUUGUGACAAACAUGUACUUCUUCAUAUCUUAUAACCAAUUAGCUGCAUGCUAUUGUCCCCUACCGCUGAAACCGGAGGGAACUUAUGGUUUGCGCUCUGUCUGUCCUGUCAGUCUGUCUGUAAGUCUGUCCGUCACACUUUUCUGGAUCCUGCGAUAACUUUAAAAGUUCUUCAUAUUUUUCAUGAAACUUGAAACAUGGAUAGAUGGCGAUAUGGAGAUUAUGCACGUCAUUUCAUUUUGUUCCUACGUCAAGAAUUUUGGUUUCUUUGGCAACAAAUAAUUUUUUUUACUGACAAUGGUGGAGUUUUGCCGGUAGGGGACAAUAUUGCUUGGCAAUCUCUUGUUGUACCUACUUUUAUCUAAUAGUGCACUUCUAUGCUUUUAUAUUUUGAAAAUAACAAUUGCAUAUUUCUUGAUUGGGAUAAUAAAGCAGACGUGAAAACGUUAA